AAUACGGAACAAUACCAGAGCACAAAUUGGAGGCAAAGAGCUUGCUGUAAGGUUACCGGAGCGAUACAGUUGAUUCCAAUGGACAAUGCCAAGAAAUCUUUUGAUGUAUUUUCAACCUCCCUGUCAAAAUGCAUAUCAGCCUGUGGUUCGAUGACGCAGCAGCUCUUACCACGUUGGACUCAACACGUCAGACCCUUCCGAGUCACAGACUCUGAUCGCUCGAUUAAGAAAGGCAUCAUGGCAGGUGACCUAAGAGACCUACAGAACAAGGUGAUGGACGUAUUCCACAUGAAUUGUGUCAGUGCUGUGGUGUUGGAUGAGGAUGGAACUGGAGUGGAUACAGAGGAGUUUUUUCAGACCUUAAAGGACAACACUGUCCUCAUGGUCUUGAGGAAAGGACAGAAGUGGGCCCCACAGCAGAGGCACCUUCCGGGUCAAAUGAAAGUACACAGGAGACAUAUGACCAAGAGUGAUCCUGGAUGCGGCUGGAAACAGCCGAGGAAGGAUGUAGCCAAAGUGACCUUUGAUCUUUACAAAAACCAUCCACAGGAUUUUAUUGGCUGCUUAAAUAUACAAGCAACCUUGUAUGGAUUGUACUCUGUUUCAUAUGAUUUGCAGUGCUAUAAGGCAAAAAGGAUGCUAAGGGAAGCCCUAAGAUGGACUCUGUUCAGUAUGCAGACCACUGGCCAUCUUUUAGUGGGUACUUCAUGUUAUAUUCAGCAUCUUAUCGAUGAGGAUGAGAAAUCGGAGGCACAACUGGUAACGCCUGCAUGUGUCAUCAAGCAGUUACAACAUUAAAUGAUGGAGGCCUGUUUCACAGCUUGGGAAAAUUAAAAAGAGUGCACUACUAGUAGAUUUGUAUCUUGCUAUUGUUUCUAAAAGCAUAUUUAUGAAUUAUUUACCUCUGUGUACACAGUAACAUAUACAGUUAAACUGUGCAUACAAUUUUAUAUUUUACUACUAAUAAAUAUUCUAUUUCUACCUACAAGUUCUUGAUUAAACAUGAUUGAUAUACUAAAAUUAGUUAACAUGUAUA